UCGAGUCCUUCGCCCCGGAAGUGCUCUUCCGGCACUCGUGGCUGGCGUGACUUUGAAAGCUUCCCGGCGCGGGUCUGGUGGCUGAGCUAACCCGAGAGCGCCGGAUGUUCGCGCCGGUUCUGCGUUUGUCAUGAGGCUGCUGCGUGCCGCUGCCGCCGUGGCCCUGGGGCCCGGGCCGCUCCCGUGGGUCCCUGCCGCCCUGGGCUGGCGGGGGAAGCAGAUUAAUUGGAAGGUCUGCCGAUGGUGUUCAUCAGGGAUGAUUCCUAAUGAAAAGAUAAGAAAUAUUGGGAUCUCAGCACACAUUGAUUCUGGGAAAACUACAUUAACAGAACGAGUGCUUUACUACACUGGCAGAAUUGCAAAGAUGCAUGAGGUGAAAGGUAAAGACGGAGUUGGUGCUGUCAUGGAUUCCAUGGAACUAGAGAGACAAAGAGGAAUCACUAUUCAGUCAGCAGCCACCUAUACCAUGUGGAAAGAUGUCAAUAUCAACAUUAUAGAUACUCCUGGGCAUGUGGACUUCACAAUCGAAGUUGAAAGGGCCCUGCGGGUGCUGGAUGGCGCAGUCCUUGUUCUCUGUGCUGUUGGUGGAGUGCAGUGCCAGACCAUGACUGUUAACCGCCAGAUGAAGCGUUACAACGUCCCAUUUCUAACUUUCAUUAAUAAGCUGGACCGAGUGGGUUCCAGCCCAGCAAGGGCUCUGCAGCAAAUGAGGUCUAAACUGAGUCAAAAUGCAGCAUUUAUGCAAAUACCCAUUGGUUUGGAGGGUGAUUUUAAAGGCGUUAUAGAUCUUAUUGAGGAACGAGCCAUUUAUUUUGAUGGAGACUUUGGGCAGGUUGUUCGAUAUGAGGAAAUUCCAGCAGAAUUCAGGGCAGCAGCAGCCGACCACCGGCAGGAGCUGAUUGAAUGUGUUGCUAAUUCAGACGAGGAGCUUGGUGAGAUGUUCCUGGAAGAAAAAAUCCCCUCAAAUUCUGAUUUAAAGCUUGCAAUCCGAAGAGCUACUCUAACUAGGUCAUUUACUCCUGUCUUCUUGGGAAGUGCCUUGAAGAACAAAGGGGUUCAGCCUCUUUUGGAUGCUGUUUUAGAAUACCUCCCAAAUCCAGCUGAAGUCCAGAAUUACGCCAUUUUCAAUCAGGAGAAUGACUCAAAAGAGAAAAUCUUAAUGAACUCCAAAAGAGAUAAUUCCCAUCCAUUUGUAGGCCUGGCGUUUAAACUGGAGGCUGGUCGAUUUGGACAGUUAACUUACGUCCGCAAUUACCAAGGAGAGUUGAAGAAGGGUGACACCAUCUUUAACACGAGGACAAGAAAGAAAGUGCGGGUGCAGCGGCUCGUCCGCAUGCACGCCGACAUGAUGGAGGAUGUGGAGGAGGUGUAUGCCGGAGACAUUUGUGCCUUGUUUGGCAUUGACUGUGCUAGUGGAGACACAUUCACAAACAAAGAUAACAGUGGCCUUUCCAUGGAGUCAAUUCAUGUUCCUGAUCCUGUCAUUUCAGUAGCAAUGAAGCCUUCUCACAAGAAUGAUCUGGAAAAAUUUUCGAAAGGUAUUAGCAGGUUUACAAGAGAGGAUCCCACAUUUAAAGUCCACUUCGACACCGAGAGUAAAGAGACAAUUGUAUCUGGAAUGGGAGAAUUACACCUGGAAAUCUAUGCUCAGAGGAUGGAAAGAGAAUAUGGCUGUCCUUGUACCACAGGAAAGCCAAAAGUUGCUUUCAGAGAGACCAUUACUGCCCCUGUUCCGUUUGAGUUUACACAUAAAAAACAAUCGGGUGGUGCAGGCCAGUUUGGAAAAGUAAUAGGUGUACUGGAGCCUCUGGACCCAGAGAACUACAUUAAGUUGGAGUUUUCAGAUGAAACAUUUGGGGCAAAUGUUCCAAAGCAGUUUGUGCCUGCUGUAGAAAAGGGGUUUUUGGAUGCCUGUGAGAAAGGCCCUCUUUCUGGUCACAAGCUCUCUGGGCUCCGGUUUGUCCUGCAAGAUGGAGCGCAUCACAUGGUUGAUUCCAAUGAGAUCUCCUUCAUCCGCGCAGGAGAAGGUGCUGUGAAACAAGCCUUGGCAAAUGCAACAGUAUGUAUUAUUGAACCUGUUAUGUCUGUGGAAGUUAUAGCCCCAACUGAAUUCCAGGGACCAGUGAUUGCGGGAAUUAACCGGCGUCAUGGGGUAAUCACAGGACAAGAUGGAAUUGAGGACUAUUUUACACUAUAUGCAGAUGUCCCUUUAAAUGAUAUGUUUGGUUAUUCCACUGAGCUUAGGUCAUGCACCGAGGGAAAGGGAGAAUACACAAUGGAGUACUGCAGAUACCAGCCAUGUUCACCAGCCACACAAGAAGACCUCAUUAAUAAGUAUUUGGAAGCUACAGGUCAACUUCCUAUUAAAAAAGGGAAAGCCAAAAACUAAACUUUCUCUUUCAGUUGACUAUAACUGAAUCUGUAAGGUUUAGACACUUUAAUGGAUUCCAGUGGAAUGAAUUCAGGCUGAAACAUAUUUUAAAAGCCCUUCCUAUUAUAUUCAGGAGCUUCUGUUAUAGUCAAGGAUAAUUCUGUGUAUAUCUCAACUUGAUUGGUUUGAUAAUUUAUUUAAAAACUUCAAAUAAAAUGACUUACUGAAAUAUAGUUAGUAUUUAUUUAAGGGGGAAGAGACUAAAUUCAGAAUGUCUGUGAACUUCCUUUCCAGAUGUUUUUUCUAUAAGAAUGUUCAACAUAUAGAAAUGCUGAAAUAACAGUACAAAGGACAGCCAUAUAUACCUUCCUUCUAGACUCAACAAUAAACACUCUUUUAAACUUA